AUGGCUUUUGGUUUGUUCUAAAUUGUCUGAUAAUCUGAUGCCUUCGCAACUCGCUCCCUUCUUUAUCGACUUAUUUAUGACGGACCAAAAAGCUAUGCAGAUCUUUUUGACCUUCAUUCCAAUCUGCACCACACCAUACGCGAGUCGCAGUUGGAAAGAUGGGGCCCACUGACGCUUUCUUUGGUACCGGACUAAUAAAAACUUUGUGACUGAGUGAUCGUAUUUGAUCCAACCUUUUCAACCUAUAUAUAUACACGACAGAAUAUAUGAUUGUCCAAAUCUGAGUGGGAAAAAUCCAGAGAUUUCUGCUUUCCUGUUUUUGUCUUUAAUUGUAUUCGAAGGGGUCAGAAUUGGGGUUGAGUUACAGGUUUUAUAAUGUUUUUCCAAGGGAUGAAUUCUCCCAAGCCAGAUGAGAGCUCCAAGCAUAACCAGGAUGUGGUUAUGCCGGGCUUCAGGUUUCAUCCUACGGAGGAAGAAUUGGUGGAGUUUUACCUUCGCAGAAAGGUGGAAGGAAAGCAUUUCAAUAUCGAACUUAUCACUUUUGUCGACCUCUAUCGCUACGAUCCUUGGGAACUUCCAGGUUUGGCUGCAAUUGGAGAAAAAGAGUGGUUCUUUUACGUGCCGCGAGACAGAAAGUACAGAAAUGGAGAUAGGCCAAACAGAGUGACAGCGUCAGGGUAUUGGAAGGCCACGGGAGCAGACAGGAUGAUCCGCGAUGACAACAAUUGUUGCAUCGGAUUGAAGAAAACGCUUGUAUUUUACAGAGGCAAAGCACCAAAGGGUAAACGCACCAGCUGGAUUAUGAACGAAUACCGCCUACCGCAGCUUGAAAUCCAAAGAACUCAUAAGAACGAACUGUCACUUUGCCGUGUAUACAAAAAGGCUGGAACAGGCGAAGACCGUCUUGAACCCAAGGAAUCUCACAACCUACCUGCAAAAGUAAAUGAAAAUGGUGAAUUUUCCUUAGCGGCAAUCACAGAGUCAUUUAACAGGCGCCCUUGUCAAGGCAAUUCAAGUGAAUUUGUCAGGCUACAAGAGUUGCCAGUGGCUUCAGCAAAUCAUAAUAACGAUGACAGAGAAAUGAGGUGCAAGUUAAUUGUGGAGGAAAGAUUUGCAAGUCAGAUGGAAUUUGCAGAUGCAGAGUUGGAGAACAUGCAGGCACGUAUUGCUACCGAAAGCGCGUGGAGUCGGGGGAUGGGCGAAGACGUUCAGCUGUGUUUGUAUCCGAGAGCUCCGCAUCCCACGCUGGAAGAUCUCUAUAAUCCAUGCCCACCACAACUUGUUGUUGCUUACAACACCAGCUUGCCGGCAUGCUCCGACAAAUUGUGGGAGUGGAACCCUGUAAGAAACAAUGGCGCACCCUGUUGAUUAUUUGCCAAUCUCACACAAUUUCUCUUUUCAUGAUAGCUUCGUCAAAGAUUUUUAAGUAACUAUACACAAACUAAUUUGAUCGCGACAUAUAUUGCCGAAUUUCUGUAGCUGUUUAAUUAAAUAGGAUGAAUAAUCAAUGUUGCACUUCUAGGAGAACUUGUGUAUUCAUAUCACAAUUGCUGACUGUCGAUAGACAAAAGCAGUCUUUUUUUUUUUCUUUUUUCUGUAAAGAUCAGUAUGAUCAAGACUGUCUCAAUGAUCAGAUUGUAGUAUCUGUGCUUAUUUGCUCAGUUUUCAUUUUAUACAAUUUAAUGACUUCCGAGAUUUUGAAA